AUGCGUAAGAUUGAUGAGAAAAACAAGAUAUAUGUCAUACUCAACAGAUGUUACAGUCACAUCCCCAGCAACAAAGAACUGGAGCUCAGCCAAAUUGUGAGAAGCAAAGCAUGUAUCUAUGGAGGCUGGGCUCCAGUGAGGAACCUGCACAGUUCCAGGAUGGGAAGCCAAAGGAUGCUGACCACCUCAGGCUUGGCAGGGGAAACACAAAGUAACAUUUUGUGUGAGAUCAUUACUUUGCAUGGCAGCCUUUGGCUGCUGCUAGGAAAAAUCCGAAAGCUCAUCAAUUUGUUAUGCAGAAGUAACACAGCUGUAAAGUCAGUGGUUCAUCCUGAGGAUAGCCAUAAAAAAGAGGUUCCACAAAAGUGGGAUCUGCGUGUGCGAGGGCGGCGCGGGAGGGCGGCAGCGCGCUCGGAGCCCGCGGGUCCCGCAGACGCCGGGGCGAGUGCCCGCAGGUGCGGCGGUGCGCGCGGGCGGGGCGGGGCGGGCUGGGCGGCUGCGGCGGGAGCGCCCGGGAGGCUGAGGCUCGCACUCCGCCGGCUCGCGCUCGCGCACCGGCGCUCGCACCCGGCCCGGCGCGCCGCCCGCGCUCACCUGCAUUUCCUUAACGAGCCACUUGAUGGCUGCGGCGGCGCGGCCGCGGCCAGCAGGAAGGACCGGCAGGGGGGCGGCAGGAUGCUGAGGCGACGUACAGGAGCCCCGAGCCUGGGUGGCCAGGCUCAAGCUCAACCCCGGGCUGGGCGCGGAGAGCACCUGCCGGCUACCGGGUGCCGGGCAGCGUCGGGCCAGGUGCGCGCUUCUGAAGCUUUUAACAAGAUGCAGCUGAGCGUGUCGAUAUCUUACAUCUUUUUACUGCUCUAUGGGCUGCUCAGCUGCUUGAAGCUCCUCACUACUUCAGACAAGCACUGGCACCUUCCAGAGACAGUGUUCCCAGGCUUGAUUUACACUCGAUGUUACAACUAUCCUUUGGUGCCCUCUGGAAGAACAUGGGACAUUGCAAGUAAAGGAAGAUUGCAGAUCCACAAGGAACUCGGAGUCCUGAGGGUAAAGUUUGAAAACUAGUAGCAUCCUGGUUUCUCCUGUCCUCCUGGACUGUCUUUGUCAGUGGAAGAAAGGCCGGCCAUCCUCCCAUGCAUUGUUUAGCUCCUUUCUGGCAGUGGCUGUGUUUGUUUAGGAGCACGGUCUUACAACCACCAUUCAUAGCCUGCCAUAUAUGCACUGCCACUAUAUCAUAUUCCUUCUGCUGUUCACUAGGGCUGGAAUUACGGCCCUUGUACUCCAUCAUCGAUUACUGGGAAAUAUUCAUCUAAAUUUGGUUUACAAUUACUUCUAAUUGGGAUUUCCUUGUCUUUAUGAUACUUGGAAUAUCAUAAUUGUAUUUUUAAAUACAAUAUAGUCAAACAUGAUAAACACUUUUCCUAAUUAUUAUAAAGUUUAACAAAUAUAUCAACUACUGUGUACAGAAGUCUCAAAAGAUUAUUAUGGCUCCACCUGAAAAUAAUUGUAACACAAUGUCAGAAGAUACUAGAAGGUAAGAUAAUUUAAUUGUAAAAUGGAGUGCACCAAGAGAUGCAUAGAAGGAGCCAGGAAGACAUCAUUUUAGGGUUUGUAUGCAAGGUGUUUCCAAUGGAGAUUAGCAUGUGAAGCAGUAAAUCAAGUCAGGAUCACACUCACCACUGUGGAUGGACAAUCAUCUAGUCAAGGCCUCAGAAACAACAUAAGACAAAUGUUCUUUCUGUGUGUCUCCUUGAACUAUGGAGGCAUUUUAUCCUGUCCUUGGCAUCAGAACUUUAAUUUGAGGCUUCAGCCACCAGCUCUCAAGCCUUUAGGCUCUGGCAAAUUUUCUGUUUUCUACAUGUCUGAAAUAUUCAAUUGUUCCCUCAUGAUCCACUUAAAAAUCCUUCUCAGAGCUUCUUGGUCCCCAUAAUUGCAGAGUGGCCAUGCACUUGGUCUUGUUUCUCUAUAGAACCCUGAAUAGUACACAGAUGAUCUUUAUCUAGAUUUAGAGCAUGUCAAAGUUGUCCACAGAGUUGUCACAUCUGUGUCCUAAAUGAGCCAAAUGCAGCAAAAUUGUGAAAAUGCCCUAUGUUUUAUGAACAUAUAUCUUCAUAUUUUUAUCUGACUGCAAAAUAAGAAUGAUAGAUAAUUUGAAGUCUAGUGUUUAUUAUCUGACUAAGUGAACCACUGUUUGUUAAGUCACUAUGAUUUUCAUCUGUUUACAUACUGCUUCAGGAAAACCACUUGGGUCCAUUCCUUUAAUUAUUUUUUAAAAGCCAAAGAUGAUCAUGUAAGUGAACUCAAAUUACCAACACUAAUCCUCAAAUCACUGUUCCAUGUGUAUACAAUAGAAUGAGGUUAGUGGCUCACAGAGACUGAUGUGACAAGCACAGGACCAACAAAGUGUGCACCAGGUGGUCUGCACACACGUUAUGGUUGUUAGUUUGGUGUUUGGUGGGACUCCUAACAAUGGGAACAGGUGGAUCUCUGACUCUUUAUCCUGAUCUUGGGACUCAUUUCCUCCGAUUGGAUUGACUUGUCCAGCCUCCAAUAGGAGGGCUUUUACCUUGUCUUAUUGUAUCUUGUCUUGUUGUGUUUUGGUUGUUAUCUCUUGGAGAUUUUUUUUUUUUUUUGAUGAGAAACAGAUGGGGAGUGGAUCUGAGAAGUGAGGAGUUGGGGCAAGGAACUUGGAAGAAUGGAGAGAGGGGAAAGUGUACUGUAUGAGAGAAUCAUCUAUUUUCAAUAAUAAAACAAGGGAGCCAAUUGAAUUUGCUCUUUUAAGCAAAACUUUUCCCCAAAAAUAUAUAAAUUAAAACAGAUAACAUAAAAUUUUUAAAUAGAGGAGAAGUAUAAUUUUAUAAAGAAAGUAUAAUAUUUGAUUUGGACCUUUUGUAAUUUAAAAGUAAUAAAAUAUGUCAACUGCAAGAUAUUUUGAAUUUAGCUGUGCUUAGUUAAGUAAGGUAUAAUAAAUUUCAGUUCUGAUGCUGACUACUUUUGAAUUUUAUUUGCCAGAUAUGACAUGAUAAUGGGUAAGUAUCCCACGUGUAGUAUUCAGUUAUGUGAGCAGCAUUCUAAGUUUCAGAUAGAAGAGGUACAGUUCUGUGGUAGUGUGCUUGCUUUAGUGUUCCUGGGGCCUCACUACAACCACAAAAUUAAUGCACAUAUAGAUGAAAAAUAUAUUUAUUUAUUUAAGCUCUUAGAAAACCUCAGUUUUCUAGCUGGUUAGGUCUCACAGAUAACAUAAAUACUAGAAAUGAAAUGCGUACCUCAACAGUCUCUCUCUUGACUCUCUCUUCUAUGUUAUUCAUCUGUUUCGCAUUGUUUGUGCCUAUUCUAUUUUGGAUUGGGGAACUUUGAAAUGUGUGACAUAAUUAGAAAUUUGUGAUAGGUUAAUGUUAAAAUAUAGGCUGAAAACAGAAAAGAAAACAAAGUAUUUUUCUAUAAGAACUGGUUUUCUACUUUUAAAGUAAGUCACAGUUUGCUACACCACUUCAGUGGCCUUGCAUAUUAAUUGCAUAUGAGAAAUCAUUUUGGUUGGUCCAAUAUAAUGUAUAAUUUCAUUAUACAGUUUAUAUUCAGGAAAGGAAAUAACUUUAUGAUUUUAGCUACAUUAUUUCUAAGCCUUUUCUAUCACCAUAAUUUAUUUUAUAUGCUAAUUUCUCCUUUUGGGCAACUGUUUCCUUAUAUCCACGUGAUUUUAUUUCCCACUUUACUUACAAAUAAGAAGAAUAUAAAAACUAUAAUAGCUCACCUGUCUUUUACAAUGAACAAUAAACCCUUCUAGAACUUUCAUGGACUUGCCCUCAUUUCACAGAAAGACAAAAUAUUUUCUAAGUCUUUGUUUUUGACCUUUUGUUCAUACACAAUGCUCUUGUAUCAGGAAAAAUACAUUUGCAUUAGCAAAGAUUUUAUAUACAUUUGAAAUAUUUAAAGUUGUGAAUUUUAAGGCAGAAUCAAAAAGAAGAGUUGUAAAACUGUAACAUUAUAGACCCUGCUUUUUAUCUUUUGAUAAUUUGUACCUAAUAAAUCAAUUGGAACAUUUUAUUUUAUUUUUUGAAAUAUAUAUUGUGAUUGAAAGAUUACAAAUCCAUGCAUCUCCUUAAGUAAGUGUUCCACAUAAUACCAGGGGUGAUAUAGCCUAACACCUUGCCCUUCACUUCCAUUUCACAGAUGAAACUACUAAAUCCACUAUGGAAAAUGCUCAAUUUUAUAUAAUGAAAAUGGAGUCCAGUUUUCAUAU